CGUCACUCAAGCAACAUGCCGAUUGAAAAUUUAGAAGAAGAGGGUUUAGCGAAAAACCCUAAUUUAGAGUAUGCACAAUGGAAAUAUUUAUUAGGAACUGAAAAAUACAAGAAUGACAAAGCAUUGGCGAAGAAAUUACAGGACGCCAUCAAGGCAGAUAGCAUGGCCAAAUUUUAUGAAGAGGUGUGUAAGGAUUUGGGAUGGAAGUUAGAUGCUAAACUUUUCAAAGACAUGCAGACAGCCAACGAAGCCGAAGUAAAAAAACUAGAUCAAGAAAUUGAAGAUACAGAAAAGAACAUGGGAGAGACUGAAAUUCGUGAUUCAAUGUUAAAGAAAGCUGAAUUCCUUUGUAAAGUUGGAGAUAAGGAAGCCGCUUUAAGCCAGUUUCGGAAGACAUAUGAGAAGACUGUAUCUCUGGGUUAUAGAUUAGAUUUAGUGUUUCAUCUAAUACGUCUAGGAUUAUUCUAUAUGGAUCAUGAUCUUAUUACUAAGAAUUUAGAAAAGGCACAGAGUUUGAUUGAUGAAGGUGGAGAUUGGGAUAGAAGAAAUAGAUUAAAAGUCUACCGUGGAGCUUACUGUAUGUCUAUACGAGAAUUUAAAACUGCAGCUAACUUAUUUCUUGAUACAGUAGCAACUUUUACAUCAUAUGAAUUAAUGGAUUAUCAUCAGUUUGUAACCUAUACUGUUAUAUCAUCAGUUAUUGCCUUAGACAGACCAGAUCUCAGAGAAAAGGUAGUAAAAGGUUCAGAAAUAUUAGAAGUGUUACACAGUCUGCCAAAAAUUCGACAUUAUUUAUUUUCUAUCUAUGACUGUAGAUAUGAGGAAUUUUUCAGGAGUUUAGCUGAAAUUGAAGAGUUGAUGAAAGAUGAUAGAUUAAUCGUAGCUCAUUAUAGAUAUUAUGUAAGAGAAAUGAGGAUUAUGGCCUACGCUCAGUUAUUAGAAUCUUAUCGAAGUUUAACUUUAGAAUAUAUGGCUAAAGCUUUUGGUGUUACAGUUUCCUUUAUAGAUCAAGAACUAGCUAGGUUUAUAGCAGCUGGUAGAUUACACUGUAAAAUAGAUAAAGUAGGUGGUAUAGUAGAAACUAACAGACCUGACAGUAAAAACUGGCAAUAUCAGUCAACCAUUAAACAGGGAGAUAUUUUAUUGAAUCGUGUACAGAAACUGAGUCGUGUUAUUAAUAUUUAAAACUAUUGAGCCAAGAAAUCAUCUAGAACAUUUCAUAUUUCAUUAUAAAUUAUCUGCCCUUUAUUUCACUCUACAUACCACUCAAGAAUUUGUAAUAAAUAUGUUUACUAUAGUGUUAAA